AUGGCGCCUAGAAGUGCUGCGACAGGCUCGAGAGUCCCUUAUGUUGUCCAUAUCAACGCCAGUAUGUCGCUUGUCGGAGAGUCGCGGGCCGGCAUAAUUGUGAUAACAGGGGCGCAGCUGGAUGAUUGGAACACCAGAGCGCCAGAGCUCCCGGUCCAGGAUGCCGGAGGACCAGGUGGUCGCAAUCUCGCUUCAAGGGUUGAACCUGGUCAGAGACUGGAGCUUACCACCAGCCUCCUGUGCAUAAUGUCCACAGGUACUGGGAAAACAAGCGCCCUCCCUGAAUCACUGCAAGCCCACUCCACCGGUUUGAUAGCCUCUCUGACUUAG